AUGCCGUCUGACAAUUCCACCGCCCACGACAACUCUCGCUCCGAGUCCGUCCUCGAGAAGAACGAGGUCGCGGUCCACAAUGAGAAGGCAGACGGCUCUCGGGACGCCCUCGACGUCGAAGCCUCCACCUUCGACUCCCAACGAACCGGUCGGCUUCUUCGCAAGAUGGAUUGGAACAUCGUGCCCUUCCUCUCCCUUCUGUACCUAUUGUCUUUCCUCGACCGAACCAACAUUGGAAAUGCACGUCUGGUCGGUCUAGAGAAGGACCUUGGGAUGUCGGGCCUCGACUACAACAUCGCGUUGGCCAUCUUCUUCCCCUUCUAUGUCGCGGCCGAAAUCCCAAGUAACAUCAUGAUGAAGCGCACAAGCCCAUCGCUUUGGUUGUGCAUUAUCAUGUUGGGUUGGGGUCUUUGCAUGACACUCAUGGGUAUCGUGAAGGACUUCGCCGGCCUUCUCGUCACUCGCGCAUUCCUCGGUGUGUGCGAAGGUGGUCUCUUCCCUGGUGUAACUUGGUACAUCACUCUUUGGUACCGUCGCCACGAAUGCGGUCUCCGAAUGGCCAUUUUCUUCUCGGCUGCUACCCUCGCUGGUGCCUUCGGUGGUCUUUUGGCCCGUGGUAUCGCUGAGAUGAACGGUAUUGGUGGACGACCUGGUUGGGCUUGGAUCUUCAUUCUUGAAGGUAUUCUCACCAUCAUCGUUGCCUUCUUCGCGAAGUGGAUCAUCAACGAUAGCCCCGAAACCGCCAAAUUCUUGACCGAGGAAGAGCGAAAGGAAGUCCUCGUCCGACUCAAGCUCGACCGAACCUCGCUUGCCGACGAAUACGACCACAAGUAUGUUUGGAAAGCAUUGAAGGACUGGAAGAUUUGGGUUCACAUGGUGAUCACCAUCGGUAUCUAUACUCCCUUGUACUCCAUCUCGCUCUUCCUCCCCACCAUCAUUCGCAACAUGGGUUACACCGACACCGACUCCCAGCUGAUCUCCGUGCCGCCCUAUGUCGUUGGAUGCCUUGCCACCAUCGCUGGAGGCUACUACGCCGAUCGUACUAAGACUCGCGGACCUUUCAUGAUUGGCUUCAACAUUGUUGCUAUCAUUGGCUUCGUCAUGUUGAUCGCCACCCAGAAACCCGCCGUUCAGUAUCUUGGCACUUUCUUCGCUGUCUCUGGAAUCUACCCUAACGUUCCCAUGGGUGUUGCAUGGAACGGGAAUAACAUCGGUGGCGCCACCAAGCGGGCCGUUGGAAUUGCCAUGCACGUCGGCUUCGGAAACCUGGGUGGUGUCAUUUCUGGGUUCGCGUACCGCGCCGACGAUGCACCCCGGUACUUCUCUGGUCACGGUCUUCUUAUCGCCACUGUCUCAAUGAGCACAGUCCUCUGUAUCAUCAUGCACAUCUACCUCCGCCGAGAGAACGCGCGACGUGACCGGGAGAUGGCUGCCAAGGGCCUCACUCUCGACACCUACACCGAGGAAAUGCGGGUGGCCGAGCGAGAACGUGGUGACUAUGCUACCUUCUUCCGCUACACCCUCUAA